AUGGCAAAUACUGCGAAUAACUCAUUCAGGGUUUACUAUGGAGUUGCUUCUGGUGCUGUUCCGUUUAUGUGGGAAUCUCAACCAGGUACACCUAAACAUCCAUUAUCCGACACUUCUCUUCCACCUCUUACACCUCCUCCUUCUUACUACCUAAAUGCUAAGAAGAAAAAUAAAUCCAUAAUGGACAAGAAAACUUCAAAACCAAAUCUUUUCUUGGACACUAUCUUUCUUAAACGUAGUUUAAGAAAAAGUCAUGUUUCGCCAUCACUUUCAUCAGCAUCUUCGUCAUCGGUUUCUUCAUUCUCUUCGUCGGUUACGACAUCGACAUCUUCUGCUCCACAGACACCCUUGUCUUCGCAUUUUCAUAAGCGUAAUACACGGUUUUCGAGCCCAAGAUCUUCUUUCGAUUCAAGAGGAGAUGAUACUAUCGAAGGUUCUUCAGGAUUCGGAUCUCCUAAUUCUAUACUGCACUUUCGUGAUAAUACUAGUCCAACUGGUUGUGUUUCAUUGGUGGUAGUGAAGAAAGCUUUGUUAGCAAUCGUUGGUCAUCACGGAUCUAGCCAUGGUAACACUACUACUACUACUGCAGCUUAA